UAACCGUGCAACCUCUGCUACUGCUUCUUCUACUGAAGUUAAUAACAAAUAAUGAUAUAACUUUUAAUUAUACGAAUGUGCAAGCAAGUAAUAAUGAUAUUUUUUAUAGUUUGAAACUUAUUCAAGCACUAAAAGAUUUUGUCUCUUCACUAUUGUUAAUUUAUUUUACUUAUUAAAAUAUUGUUAAUUGACACCUUCAAAUAUGCUUUGAACAAGCCUAAAAAGUGCAUUUGAAAUUAUUUUAAAUUGGUUAUCACUAUUCCUUUGCUAGACCAUCCCAUCUGAGUACUAAGUUUAACACAAUGUUUGAUAAUACAACUUUAAAGUUUUAUAAUGUACCUGUUUUUUUGUCCUAAUCUUUGAUUCUUCAAAAAACAAUAGCAGAAAUUCAGUGUUCUCGUUUUACUAGUUGAAAAGACCACAUCAUAUCUUUUAGUGCCUUUUAUUUAACCAAAGGUUUUAUUUAUUAUUGCCAAACCAAUGGCUUUAUUACAUGAGUUUGACCUGUGGAAAGUUUGGUUGCAUUUCACUUAACUGGCUGAAUUUUAAAAAUGAACUCUAAUCUAAUAAUAGUGGGAGUGUAUUUAGCAAACUUUUUUUUGCCUAAGUUUGAUGUAAAGUUCAUAACUGUGAAAUUUGUAUUUACAAAACUUGCGCAGUUGCGUUUAACAAAACUCGCGUAAGUUUUUUUUGUAAGUUCAGCGCUAUGUAUUCUCCAAGCUGAAAUGGUAGUCACCAAACUUUUUAAAAACUGAAAAAGCUCAAUUUAAGUGAGAAAAGUUAUGUUAGCUUUGAGCUGCCUUAACUUUGGCAAACCGCAAGAUUGGGUGGCUUUGCCCCUACGGGGUAAAGCCACCCAAUCUCUACGCCCAAGCGAAAUUUUUGUUUAAAAAUGGUUUAAAAUUGAUACCUCAAGGUAUGCCAGUUGAUGUUUAGUAGCAAAUUGUGGGAAAUUUAUUAUUUAUUUAGUCUAACUUAGCUUACUCAACUCGAGUCUUUGCGAUAUUAUUGUAAAUUGCACUUUAGAAGAAGCACCUAAAAUCAGAAUUUUUUUAGGUGUGUCAACUUUUACAUCGAUAGCAGUACCUGUAGAAGGUUUUUUUAUUGGAAUAUACACUGAAUUAAUUUUAAACCAUUAGUGUUUGAUUCUAUCUUGUUUUGAAAGCUUAACAGUUUAUUACUUUUUUGUAAUUGAGGUUAAAAAAAAAUAGGUUGUCUUUGGCCCACUGCAUAGGGUGCAUUGGCCCGGGCUAAAGUCACCCCAUGUAUAAAGUAUAGAGUAAACCUUUUUUAGUGAUCAUAUAUAGAUAUUAUGGUAGUUACUAUGUUGGAAUGAAAAAUUUUGUAGUAGUAAUGCAACAGAAAAUCAGUAUAACAGUUUGUAUUAGUAAAUCAGUAUAAAAUUAUAGUGAAAUUUGUUUAGUUCUUAGUUUAAAUAUGCCACAAAAUUACAAGCCAAAUCAUGGAAGAAAAAAAUAUGUUACUUUAGAAUAUUUCGACAAUGCAUUAAAAGAUUUGAAGAAUGGUUUAAUUAUUCAAAGACAAGCUUUGUAAUACGAUAUACCAAGAUCAACAUUAAAAAAUAAAAUAAAACAGACUUAUCCUGAAAAGUAUGGUGGUCAGCAAAUAUUUACAUCAAAAGAAAAAGACAUGUUUAAGACAUAUGCAAUAAAAUCAUCUGAGUUUGGUUUUCCUGUUGAUAAUUAUAAUUUAAGAUGGAUAGUAAAAGGGUAUUUAGAGAAAAAAGGCGUUAUUAUACCUCAGUUCAAAAAUAAUUUUCCAUGUGGCGAUUGGAUUCGAUCUUUUCUAAAAGAAAUCCAGAACUCACAGUAAGAUUUGCAAGCAACAUAAAGCGAAAGAGAGCAGAAAUAGGAAUGACUGUGAUUGAUAACUACUUUAUAAAUCUAUCAAAUGAAAUAAGUAAUAUAUCACCUGAUAAUAUAUGGAAUUAUGGUAAAACCAAUCUCAGUGAUGAUCCAGGUAAAAAAAAAAUAUACACAAAGCGUGGAUGUAAGUAUCCUGAACGCAUCAUUAAUUCUACAAAGACCUCAUUCUUUGUAAUGUUUUGUGGCAAUGCUAAUGGUGAAUUGCUACCACCUUAUGUUGUUUACAAAGCUGAGUCGUUAUGGAAUACAUGGAUGGAACAUGGGCCACCAAAAACACGUUAUAACAGAUCAAAAAGUGGUUGGUUUGACUCAACACCUUUUCGACUGGUUUUUCUCUUUACUUCUUCCAAGACUUAAGAAGGCUUAAGGAAGAAGUGUCAUUAUAGGUGAUAACGUAUUUCACAUUUGAGCAUUGCAGUACUGGAUGCAUGUCAAAGCAAUAACAUAGGAUUUGUGGCACUACCAGCACAACUCUACACAUCUCACGCAGCCAUUAGAUGUUGCCUACUUUAGACCUAUGGCGCAAAAUGUUAUGUGAAUGGAAGAAGAAAGGAAAAGGAAGGAAAGUUGCUUCUCUUCCUAAAAAUGAAUUGCAUAGACUUUUAGACCGUUUAACUACCAACUUAAAUGAACAUGGGAAUAAUAACCUUAGAGCUGGUUUUCGCAAAACUGGAAUUUUUCCAUUAGACAAGUCUCAAGUGCUUUCACGACUACCAUGUUGUAAUGUAGAUUUAGACUCAACUACUGAUUUAGUAAGCCAAUCAUUUUUAGAUUAUUUAUGUAAGUCACUGGAUGAUCCCUCAGAUGGUUCUAAAAAAUCAAAGCGACGUAAAGUCUGUGCUGUCCCAGGUAAAAGCUUAUGUUCAACAGAUAUAUCAUCUUGUGCUAUAAAUGAAAAUAAUAGAUUAAAUUCAAAUAAUGUAGGUACACCUAUCAGUAUUAUAAGUACAAUUGAGACCAACAACAUUGACUUUGCUGGCCCAAGUACAAAUACUGGAACUACUGAGACUUCUUAUCUAAUUUUUGCAAAUGUAAGUUUAGUUGUAGAAAGUCAUACAGAAUCAUUAGAUCAUUUAGCAUUAGGCAAAAAGAACUUUCAAAAUAUUGAUAAAACAAAAAAUGUUUGUAAAAAGGAGAAAUUAUUAAAUCUUGUAGAGAAUUGUUAUGUAAUUGUUAAAUGCAAUGGAGAGUUAAAUCCUGGACAGUUAAAAAAAUUAAGAAAAAUGGAGCAGAAAUUACUAUUAUGAAAAAAAAUGGACUUAACUGGAAAUGGUCAUUACCAGCAAAGCAAAUUUUUUUUCCCCAGUCUGAAAUAGUCGAUUUUAUUGAGGAACCAAAGAAAAUUUCGAAAAGAGGAAUUUAUUUAGUUCCAGAACUUUUUCACUAAAUUUUUUAAAACAUUAUUUUUGUCAUUUUUGUUUACUUUAUACCUCAACUGUUUUGUUUAAUUGGUAUCUAUACUUGUUUAGUUUGUACCUAUAUUUUAUUUACUGUAUACAAGAACUUUGUUACUAAAUCUUUUUUUGUCACUUUAUUUUUGUAAAUUUAUUUUCUUUGCCUAAAUAUUGUUGUUUUUAUUGUUGUUUUGCUUCCUUUAAUUCCUUUUUACAGGGUUGGGCCAAAGUCACCCUAACACAUAGGGCAACUUUGGCCCACCAUUUAAACCACCCAAAAGAUACUUCAGGUAAAUAGUUUUCAAAUGGGAGACAGAUAGUUCUAACUGUCCUUUCUAUGCGCUUCUAAAAGUACUUAGUGUUUGAGGAAAUAACUUUUGUGGCUUUCAUGCAAUAGACAUUGAGAUGCAAAAUGGGCCGAAGCCACCCAAUCUUACGGUAAAGUUAAAAUUACUAAAUUUUAGAAAUGGUGAAAUAUUAUGAUUCAUAUACAGCUAUAUUGUUAGAUUGAUAUAGAAUCUUAUUAUAAUAUAUAGGCGCGGAUCUAGGGUAUAGCCGUUGUGUCUAAGGCUACACCUUAUAAUAAUUAACGAAAUAAAAAACAAUAUAAUACUCCAACAUAUUUUUAAAAUAAAAAUAAUAUAAAUAAUUAAGAUACGUUUAUUUUUAUUUACUGUGUAAAUUCGGCUUUAAAAGCAAUUACUUAAAACCAAAAAAAAAAACGGAAUUAAAAAAAGAUCGGUCAUUGCAUAUCGGUUUGUGGCUAAGCCACAAACGACCUGAUUUUACUGCAUAAGCUGACUAAAUUAUUGUUUUUUUUAAACGUAAUAUAUUUUUAUUCAAAAAUCGUAUGCCGUCAACACUUGUAGCCCGUGGCUAGAUUGCUUUUUGCCUUGUGGCUGUACUUAUUUCCCUGUCUUUUUAUGCCAAGCGUUUUUUAAAUAUGUAAAGCGCCUUUAUUAUUUUCUCAGUAAGUUGGUAAUUAUGGCGGAUAUGUUUUGAAAAAAAAAUUGUUCCAAAUGCUAUUGAUUCACAUUCAUAACAUUAAAUGUUGCAAAAAAAAUUGUUUACAAAGCGAAAUAGUUUAAAUAUCUCAUCAGUUUAAUUUCGUAGUAAAACUUUUGGCUUGAA